AUGAAGACCGCCACCUUCAUCGCCGCCGCCCUCGCUGGCCUCGCCCUUGCUGCUCCCACCACCAAGCAGACCAAGGAGGUCGCUGCCCUCCGAUACGCCAACUCGAGGCCUCUCGAUGCCGCUGCCAUUCACGGCCCUGCUGGCAAGCGCUCCGAGGCCGCUGCUACUGCUACCCGCGAGAAGAACCUCUCCGACCUCAAGUACGCCAACAAGAGGCCUGUUCCCGAGGGUCACGCUCCCAAGGCCGCUGCCUCUAAGCGCGACGUUUCCACUACCGCUACUCGGGAGAAGAACCUCGUCGACUUGAAGUACGCCAACAAGCGUCCCAUCCCUGAGGGCCACGCUCCCAAGGCUGCCGCUUCCAAGCGUGAUGUCUCUACCACUGCCACCCGGGAGAAGAACCUCGUCGACCUCAAGUACGCCAACAAGCGUCCUAUUCCCGAGGGCCACGCCCCCAAGGCUUCCGCAUAA